AUGCCUCUGCGUAACGGCAUCAUAAGCUCUCUAAUCUACGCUAUCUGCAUCUCAGCGCAGGCCAACACCUACGGGGAUAAAGUUAUAGGUGGCAACGCCAAACCACCUACAUACGCUGAUCUGUCCCGUGUCCUCUUAUCGCCGAAUGCAACUGGCAGCUUCAAGAUCCAUGGGCCGAACAUCUCCGAAGCCUACCCGGCAACGAUGGUAGACGGCUGGGAGCUAGGAAUCGACCCCGGGCCAUGUUGCGGCGGCGGGACUCAAGGUAGUGCCACACCUCCCUCCGUCGUGAACAGCACAGCCGGGUCGGGUAAUUCAGGCACCUGGUCACCAUGCAUCAGCGUCUACGGAAUUUACGGGAUCGCGGGCUUCCACGGGGAUGGCGCCUGUUCCGGCCUGCUCAGCGCGGCAUGCAUAAACGGCAUCAAGAAGACCGUGGCGAACGCCCAAACCUCGGUCGAUGGCGGUGCGUGUCCAACUUUGCCGGACAACAUGAAGGACUUCGGCUGCCCCUUCAACGGAGAUCAGCAGAGCAGUAAGUUUCAAACUAUCCGGAAUAUCGCGAAGCCCAUGCCAAUGACGCUUGCAGCUCCGCUGAAGUUCAAUGACACACAUCAAGUCGUGUACCUAUCAGACUACGCAGGUAGCGCCGAUGACAAGACAUGGUAUAACAAAGUGGGAACCAUUACAUACCCCGUCAUCAUCACCUGGGGCCACUCGAAUGAUGGGAAACUGCACGGGGCUUUAUCGGAGGACCAUGUUACUGUAGCUUGUGCCCGGGCUGAUAACACCGCACCUGACAGCCAGCCCGCUGUUGCUGGAGCUUCGGGAAUCAGACGCGGCUCGGUCGGGUUGUCGACAAUUGUGGUCAGUCUUGUGGGUAUCCUCUUGAUUUGA